UCCGAAGGAAUUUGGGUUCGGGUAACCGAGUUCGACAUACUUUUGUUGUUGGAUCCGAGACGUGAGGUUAUUUUACCUUCAACUUCCCACGCACAAGGGAUGUCUGCCCUUAACUUCCCUCGUUCUGCGGACGCCUCGCUGGCCGCGACGGCUCUCCCCGACUAUGUGCUGGACUAUGCCCCUCUGGUAUGGCUUCAUAGCGAAGACAGGUACAGGCCUUCCGGCUUUGCUGAGCAUCUCAACUAUGUCGUGCCGGAGGUAGACUACAAACCCAUUGAGGGUGUCGAGACGCCCCUUACCUUGGAUAACCUGGACCAACUCAAUGCCAUGGGCAACGAAAGUGUGUAUCUGACUUCGGAAGAAGGAAUCGAUGCCGACCCGCAGCCCGACUGGAUUUUCGGCACCGAUAUCGAUGACAAUGGCAAAGCAAACGACGUUUCCUCGAUUAUCGUCGUGAACGAUCAUGGAGAUGGAGAUGUAGAUGCAUUCUACUUCUAUUUCUAUUCUUAUAACCUUGGUAAUACGGUUAUCGGGAUGGAAUUCGGUAACCACGUUGGAGACUGGGAGCAUAACAUGAUCCGAUUCAAGGAUGGUACUCCGCAGGCCAUCUGGUACAGCCAACACGCUGCGGGACAGGCUUUCACAUAUGAUGCGGUGGAAAAGCAGGAAAAGCGACCGGUUGCGUACUCUGGGAAUGGAACCCACGCCGUCUACUCCGGCACUAGAGGUCACGACCACACAAUUCCAGGCGUUGACCUCCCGGUCGGAUUCCUCGUGGACCAAACCGACCAGGGUGUUUUGUGGGAUCCGGUAUCGGGGGCAUAUGCGUAUAGUUAUGCGGCAGACACGCAGACAUUUGAAGCCUACGACUCUAGCUACCCGAUAAAAUGGCUGGACUUCAACGGGAAAUGGGGAGACGACGCGCUCCAGGGAGGACCAGAAUUAUUCGGACAGGCGAAGUACACCGGAGGACCCAAUGGACCGAAAUUCAAGAAUCUCCAGCGCGACAAGGUGUGCCCUAGCAGCCCGUGCAUUGUCCUGCCCUUCAAGACCUUGGAUGCCGAGUCAACAACAAGUGCUUCUGCAUCUGCUUCUGCGUCAGCGACUCCGUCUGUGUGAUACCUUGGCUGACAAGGUGUCGCUCAUGUCGUCGGGGUAAUUUAUGGAUUGAUCCAUGGUGAGGGCGCGAAAUUUUUAGAUUAGGUAAAGAGCACCAGUCGAUCUUCUGCAAUUAUGUAUGUAGUAGUGAUAUAAUAAUGAACAUAAAUGACAGCAUAUGA